GGAACAGGAGGGCUCUAACUCCGUGAGGACCCCAGCAUUAUUUCUAUAAUUGUUUGUGAGAAGGACUGAAUCCCAGAGCAUUGCCUUGUUGCUGACCUUUCAGUAUGGGGAGGAUUGGCAUCUCCUGUCUUUUUCCUGCUUCUUGGCAUUUUAGCAUAUCUCCAGUAGGGUGUCCUCGAAUUCUGAAUACCAAUUUACGCCAGAUUAUUGUCAUUAGUGUCCUGGCUGCUGCUGUUUCACUUUUAUAUUUUUCUGUUGUCAUAAUCCGAAAUAAGUAUGGGCGACUAACCAGAGACAAGAAAUUUCAAAGGUACCUGGCACGAGUUACCGACAUUGAAGCUACAGACACCAAUAACCCCAGUGUGAACUACGGGAUUGUGGUGGACUGUGGCAGCAGUGGCUCUCGAGUAUUUGUCUAUUGCUGGCCAAGGCAUAAUGGCAAUCCACGUGAUCUGUUGGAUAUCAGGCAAAUGAGGGAUAAAAACCGAAAGCCAGUGGUCAUGAAGAUAAAACCGGGCAUUUCAGAAUUUGCUACCUCUCCAGAGAAAGUCAGUGAUUACAUUUCUCCACUUUUGAACUUUGCUGCAGAGCAUGUGCCACGGGCAAAACACAAAGAGACACCUCUCUACAUUCUCUGCACGGCUGGAAUGAGAAUCCUCCCUGAAAGCCAGCAGAAAGCUAUUCUGGAAGACCUUCUGACCGAUAUUCCCGUGCACUUUGACUUUCUGUUUUCUGACUCUCAUGCAGAAGUAAUUUCUGGGAAACAAGAAGGUGUGUAUGCUUGGAUUGGCAUUAAUUUUGUCCUUGGACGAUUUGAGCAUAUUGAAGAUGAUGAUGAGGCAGUUGUGGAAGUUAACAUUCCUGGAAGUGAAAGCAGUGAAGCCAUUGUCCGUAAAAGGACAGCGGGCAUUCUCGACAUGGGCGGCGUGUCGACUCAGAUAGCAUACGAAGUCCCCAAAACUGAAGAAGUAGCUAAAAACUUGUUAGCUGAAUUUAACUUGGGAUGUGAUGUUCACCAAACUGAGCAUGUGUAUCGAGUCUAUGUGGCCACGUUUCUUGGGUUUGGUGGCAAUGCUGCUCGACAGAGAUACGAAGACAGAAUAUUUGCCAACACCAUUCAAAAGAACAGGCUCCUGGGUAAACAGACUGGUCUGACUCCUGAUAUGCCGUACCUGGACCCCUGCCUACCCCUAGAUAUUAAAGAUGAAAUCCAGCAAAAUGGACAAACCAUAUACCUACGAGGGACUGGAGACUUUGACCUGUGUCGAGAGACUAUCCAGCCUUUCAUGAAUAAAACAAACGAGACCCAGACUUCCCUCAAUGGGGUCUACCAGCCCCCAAUUCACUUCCAGAACAGUGAAUUCUAUGGCUUUUCCGAAUUCUACUACUGCACCGAGGAUGUGUUACGAAUGGGGGGAGACUACAAUGCUGCUAAAUUUACUAAAGCUGCAAAGGAUUAUUGUGCAACAAAGUGGUCCAUUUUGCGGGAACGCUUUGACCGAGGACUGUACGCCUCUCAUGCUGACCUCCACAGGCUUAAGUAUCAGUGCUUCAAAUCGGCCUGGAUGUUUGAGGUGUUUCAUAGGGGCUUCUCAUUUCCUGUCAACUAUAAAAGCUUAAAGACUGCCUUGCAAGUUUAUGACAAGGAGGUUCAGUGGACCCUUGGAGCCAUCCUCUACAGGACCCGCUUUCUACCAUUAAGAGACAUCCAGCAGGAAGCCUUCCGGGCCAGUCACACCCACUGGCGGGGCGUCUCCUUUGUCUACAACCACUACCUGUUCUCUGGCUGCUUCCUGGUGGUGCUGCUGGCCAUCCUGCUGUACCUGCUGCGGCUGCGGCGCAUCCACCGGCGCACUCUCCGGAACGGCUCGGCCGCCGCCCUCUGGAUGGAGGAGGGCCUUCCCACCCAGAACGCCGCGGGGACCUUGUGAUCCUGUGAUCUUGUGAUCCGGCUCAUAGCUCCACGAAGACUCAAAGACUCGAAAGGAAAAGCCAUUUUUGCCUCAGGGUUUCUCCUCUUUAUUUUCCUGUGGUUUUGUUUUUUAUUUCCCUUUUUUGUUCCUCCAAACAAAAACAAAA